AUGUACAAGGGUACUGUACUCAUUACCGGAGCUUCUGGCUUCUUGGGAAGCCACAUUGCUGCCCGUCUGAUUGAUCAGGGGUACAAAAUCAGGGCUACGUUCCGCAGCGAGUCAAAGAGCCAGCUGUUCCUAAACGUACUCGGCGGCAAAAAUAUUGAGACAUGCAUCGUGGCAGACAUCACAGCCCCCGGCGCCUUUUUGGGAGCCAUUGUGGGCGCUGACUUUGUCAUCCACACAGCCUCUCCUUUCACCUUCAAGAUUACAGACAUUAAGAAGGAUUUGAUUGAACCGGCAGUGGAGGGCACCACCCGAAUGCUCGAAGCCAUUGCUUCCAGCAGCAAUGUGAAGCGUGUAGUGCUCACAUCAUCCUUUGCAGCGGUUGUGGACCCAACAAAGGGACCGCGGGCCGGAUAUUCAUACACAGGUCCUGUGCUAAAACCCAGAGUAGAAGAGGACUGGAAUCCAAUGACCCCAGAAAAGGCAUUGGAGAAUAACCUGUUUGGAUACCAGGCCAGCAAAACAUUCGCGGAAAAGGCCGCAUGGGACUUUAUUGAUUCCAAGGCUAGAAAUGGGAAGACACCUUCCCUCGUCACAAUUUGCCCUCCCAUGAUUUUUGGACCCGUCCAUCCAGCUUCGGGUAUCACCAAGGAUGCGCUCAAUGAAUCCUCAGCACAGCUACUUCACGCCAUGACCAGCGCAGACCCUGCACCCACAAGGAUGCCUGUGUUUGUUGACGUUCGAGACGUCGCCCAGGCACAUGUCGACGCCUUGGACGUUGCCAAAAUUCCCAAUAGUGAGCGUUUUGUUGUCUGUGCUGGCAAGUUUACCUGGGCAGCUAUCAAGGAGAUUUACGAGAGUGGCGCCGCCUCGGCGGAGAGCAUGUCUCCAGCCAAUGACUAUUACUCCAUUAGCACCAAGAAGAUUGAGGAAAUGAUGGGAAUUAAAUGGAUUGGCUUGCAGUCGUCUGUCAAGGACGCUCUGCAAAGUCUAGAUGUGAAGUCCAAGAUAUAA